AUGGCCAAGAGGGGAGGGGGGCGGCGAGGGAGGGCCGACCAACCUGACGCCAUGGCAACGCUCCAGGCAGCCAAUGAGGAGCUCCGAGCCAAACUCACCGACAUUCAGAUAGAACUACAAAAUGAAAAAACCAAGGUGAGCCGUAUAGAGAGGGAGCGGACCCAGGAGCUGAAGGCGGAGCAUCACCGCGCGACGGUCGCCCUGACGGAGCUCCGUACUAAACUCCAUGACGACAAGGUCAAGGAAGUGGCCGUCACAAGGGAGACGUUGCUACGACAACACGAGAUGGAGCUGAUGAGGGUGAUCAAGAUCAAAGACGGGGAAAUCCAGAGGCUGAACGGCCUGGUGUUCACGCUGAGGGAUGACUCCACGGACAAGGUGAGGUGUGUGUUGCUUGCGGAGGCCCGGGAGGAGGCGCGCCGGGGCUGGGAGGCAGAGAGGAGCCGGCUCCAGCAGGAGGUCCUGGAGCUGAGGGGCUCCAAGAAGGGUCUGGAGGAGACCCUGGGCUCCUCCCAGCAGGCGUGUCUGACCAGGGCGGCCGAGCUCAGGUCCGCCCACCACCACCACCAGGAGGAGCUGACGCGCACCAAGAGGGACUGUGAGAGGGAGAUACGCAGACUGAUGGAUGAGAUCCGUCUGAAGGACAGGGCAGUGAGUGUGUUGGACAAGGCUCUGGGCCUCCAGGCCGGCCACGCCCACCGCCUCCAGCUACAGACCCAGGCGGCCGAGCAGCAGAUAGCCGUCCUGAGAGACGCCCAGCGGGGGGCGGGACCAAACCAGCCAGACCCCACCCCUAACACCACCCCUAACCACGCCCCCUUUCCUGCGCAGGAGGACAGGGAGACCCGGAGGUUUCAGUUAAAGAUCGCUGAGCUCAGCGCCAUCGUGAGGAAGCUUGAGGACCGCAACGCGCUGCUCUCUGAAGAGCGCAACGAACUGCUGAAGCGUCUCCGUGAGGCCGAGAGCCAGUUCCUUCCGCUCCUGGACAAAAACAAACGUCUGAGCCGGAAGAACGAAGAGCUGGCCCUCGCCGUACGUCGCCUCGACAACAAGCUACGCUUCGUGACCCAGGAGAACCUGGACAUUAGGCACCGAGGAGGCGGGAGGCGGCCCAGCUCUCUAAACGACCUGGAGGAGCUGAACCCCGAGGAGAAGGAGGUGCAGUUCCUCCACCUGCAGGUGCAGGAGCAGCAGCACGUCAUAGAGGACCUCUCCAAGGCUCUGGAGACUGCUGGCUAUGUGAAGACUGUCAUAGAGAGGGACAUGAUUAUCAAAUACCGACGUCAAGAAUCUCUGAGGAGAAAAAGAGGUUUCAGAGCCUGCAGGGUUAUAGAGACCUUCUAUGGUUACGAUGAGGACGUUGACUCCGAUGGAUCGUCGCUGUCGUUCCACACCGACCGGACUCCAGACACCGACCCUGAUGAUGACCAGGUGGUCCUACGCGAGGACGCAGAGGUCCGCUUCAGACAGCUGACCCAGGAGUACCAAGCCCUCCAGAGGGCCUACGCCCUCCUGCAGGAGACCAGUGGAGGCAGUCUGGACCCCGAGACCGAGAUGAAGACCAGGGAGCAGCUGUUAUCUGAAGUUAGUCGCUAUGAGAGAAGAGUUCAGGACCUGGAGACGUCUCUGAGACAACAAGGACUGGAUUUGAAGUGGGUGGAGGAGAAGCAGGCAUUGUAUCAAAGGAACCAGGAGCUUCUGGAAAAGUUGAAGCAGAUGGAAUCAGACGAAACGCGGCUAAGAAUUGACAUCCAGGACGCCAGGGAUCAAAACGAACUGCUGGAAUUCCGCAUUUUGGAACUAGAGGAGCGGGAACGGCGGUCGCCUGGCAUCAACUUCCAUCCACUACAUUUCCCAGAAGGCAUCAGUCCACUUCAGCUCUACUGCGAGGCGGAAGGCGUCACGGAAAUUGUGAUCAGUGAACUGAUGAAGAAGUUGGAUAUUCUUGGGGAUAACGCCAACCUCUCCAAUGAAGAGCAGGUUGUCGUUAUCCAUGCCAGAAAUGUUCUCACGCUGGCUGAGAAGUGGUUGGAGUCCAUUGAAGGGACCAAGUCCACUCUACAACAGAAGAUGUUUGAUAUCGAGAGUGAAAAGGAUCUCUUCAGUAAACAGAAGGGCUAUCUGGACGAGGAACUCGAUUACAGGAAGCAGUCUAUGGACCAGGCCCACAAGAGGAUCAUGGAGCUGGAGGCCAUGCUGUUUGAUGUCCUGCAGCAGGAGGGGGCCGCGGGUUACGGCGAGCUGCUGGCGGACGAGGACCGCGAGGGGCUGCAGAGGGCCAUGGAGCAGUGGAAGAGAGCCCUGAUGGUGGAGCUGCGCGAGAGGGACGUGCUGAUCCUGAGGGAAAGGAUGGACAUGCUGCACCACGCACAGCAGAGGAACAAGGAGUUGGAGGAAUGGAUAGAAGCACAGAAACGACAGAUCAAACAGCUAGAAGAGAAGUUUUUAUUUUUAUUUUUAUUCUUUUCUCUGGCCUUCAUCCUCUGGUCCUAAAGCGGCGGCCACCAGAGGGCAGUGUGUAUUUGAACCAGCGGCUACAGACUCUGGGGGAGGGGCCUAUCGCCCCGCUAGCCCUGACGAGAAGACCACCGGCCAAUCACAAACUGUCUCAGCGUGGCUGACACUUAUUCCCGUUCCAGCCACUUCCCAGCCAAUCGGAGCACAGACAGAAUCCCAAGCUGGUUCUGACACGUUGGCCUGCCGAGAAGUGGGCGGGGUUUGGCGGUAAAAACAUGGUUACCGUGCCAACUCUGCAUUGGAGCAGUUCAAAAGGACCCGACUUCAUAAGGACACCGGUUUAUUGAAAGCCUGGUUUAUAAAGACUAUAUUCCGUCUUCUGUACAAGAAGAGCCACAGAGAGAACCUUAUAAUAGUAUUAAAGACCUUUAUUUUGAGAAUGACUAUGCACACUUUAGAAGGAAGACAAGGAUUGUGUCCUCCCGGUUGGUUUCAAAUGGCAGCCCUCUCUCCACCUGCCAGAGGCUUUUGGUGGAGGUUAAAGUUCACGGGAGCAAAAUUUGAUGGAGGUAAUUCUGAGCUGAAGCAGAGCACCACGUCCUUCGUCGUCAGGGUCUUCACACAGCAUGCAGAAGAACCACAAGAUCGUCCCAAACCAGGGACAACCAGGGACCACCAGAGACCACCAGAGACACCACAGACCACUAGAGACCUUCUACCUGGGUAACAGCUAGUCCAGGGUCCUGAUAACUCACCUCUGGUCAGGAGGAACCUCUCCUCCUUUUCCAUCAGUGCAGGACAGGGACAUCUGGAACACGAGACCUGCCAACCCGUGCUGAGAUCCUUUGUUCAGAUCCAGUCUCAAGAACCUGUCUUCAAAUUCUGUGUUCAGAACCCGUGAUUCAAAGCGGAUUCGGAGCAGGGCAGGGAAGGACUCCUUAGAGUUCAUGCCAAUCCAGGAACUGUCUCGUGUCCACCCCAGACGUGAGCUUGCAUCGAGGCCAACGGACACAGACCGGCACUAUUGGAAAAGGAGGAGGAA